AUGACCGAACCAACCGCCCCCAUCGAGACAAACCCGCCAACCACAACAAACCCACCCUCCACAUCCACCUCAUACUCCAAGCCAAGGAUUACAAUCCAGUACUGCACGCAGUGUAAAUGGAUGCUUAGGGCUGCAUACUUCGCGCAAGAACUCCUCUCCACAUUCGGCACAGACAUCGGCGAGAUCGCGCUUGUGCCGAGGACGGGCGGGAUAUUUACGGUUACGGUCUUCCCUAGCACUAACAUCUCAAGCGCUGAAGUCGAAGUCGACGGGUGGAGCAAAGAGGGGAAGAUCCUCUGGGAUCGGAAGGCUGAUGGCGGGUUCCCUGAGGUCAAAGAACUCAAGUCUCGCGUCCGUAACCUCAUUGAUCCGAACCGGGACCUGGGGCAUACGGAUCGGGCGUUGAGGAAGGGUGCUCCGUCUACGUCUACGUCUACAUCUACGUCUACAGCUACAGACGCCAGCAGCACCUCCAGUACAACGAAGACCGCAACAAAAUCUACGUCUACCAGUACGGGUACGGGCACUCCAGACACGGAUCUACCCCCGCCCAUCGCCGUCCCAGCCUCAGCCUCAGAUCCAGCAUCAAUGUCCGCGCGCGCAAAGGUUGCUGAGUCUGAAUCCGCGUCUGGGUCUGGCGAGCGUGCCCCUACCGUCCCAUCUUCCGCAUCGACAUGCCCACCAAUCACAGCACCAACGUCCGCCUCAGAUCCUGCAUCUCUAUCAGCCCAGGCUAAAGCCAACGAGUCUGGGUCUGGGUCUGGCGCUCGUCCGGAGCAUGGGACAGGAGCUUCAGAGUCAGACACGGCAUCCAUGGCAGCGCGCGCUCGGGUCGUUGACCAUGCUGGUGGGAAGACAGGGGCAGGUGGUGUCACCGGGGCCUCGGCUUCGGGACCUGCAUCGCUCUCGGCGCGCGAGAAGAUCGUUGAUGAGACGGCGGGUGGAACGGUUAGGAAAAGCGACGGGGAGGUUUGUGAGGACUGUUUGUAG